UGCUCCUGGAAACGGGUAAUCAAUAUCGUUUACAAGAUUGAGAAAUUCAUUUAAACAAACUGUAUUUUUCUUUAAGGUAGCAACGCAAAUAAAGUUUCGGAAUGGCUGGCACUGCCUACCACAUGGAAGCCUUGCGGAAGACAAGAGCUAUUGAAAGGAAGACUGAAGCAAUGAAACGAUUGAGGGAUAGUGUUGGACAGCAAACCUAUAACCCUUCAGGAAGUGGGGACACAGAUGGAGCACCAUUGGUUUUUUCUGAGCCAGGCCAUUAUGCGCAAAAUAGGAAUGAAUUGGAAAAAUUUCGUGUAAAUUCAGCGGGCUUUAACAACCGAUAUCGUCAAAGACAGAGCUUAAAUCCACACUGUGAUCUUGCCUAUGCUGUUGUUUAUCCUGGAAAAGUGAAUUCUGAUUAUACUCAAGAUGAAAAUAAAAACAACAGAAGAUAUAAUCUAAAUGUUGGUCGUUUUGAAAUGGCUAGUAAACAUGAUGGUGUCAAUAUAGACAAAAGUUUCAUUUCCGGUCACCUUGAUUAGGCGUUUGUUGCAUCUUUAUUGACUAUUAAGGUAUCCGAAGUACUAAUGUUUAUGUCUUUUUAUCGAGCCAUUGGUGAUAAUGUUAAAGUGUUGAUGCUAGUGACUGCAUAUAAUUUUGGUACCAUUUGAUUCGGAAUAGCCUGCUGAUUACUGAUAUAUAAAAUAAUCACCCCAAAUAAGAGACCAUGGAGAAGUGAUUGCACUUUCUGUUUUUGUUAUUUAUAUUAACAGAAAUUGGACCUGAAAUGCCAUAUAUCAACGCCAAGAUAGUUUUUUCAUAAUUUUAGUGUAUGUUUAACAAAUUCCUUCUCACACACAUAACAACCUUUCAAAUGAUACCGGAGUUAUUAUGGGGUCACCAGGCAUCUAAAUUUCACACAGUCGUGCAUGGGAUACCUUAAAAGUCUGUUCACCUUUAAUACACAUACUAUAACCUCCUAAUUACGUGUUGGAGCACAACAUUAAAAUGCACACUUUCUUGUAUGCUUGAUCAACAGAUUAAGUUGCCCUGAUGCAUGAUCAGUCAUUCUUAUAUUAAGUUGAAAUGCAUUUUGUGAUGUCCUUAAAUGCUUGUUAUAGUUCCUUACCUUGUGGUAGGGACACAAUUGUUUAUACAUGUAGCAUUAAAUGCAUUUUCUACCAAUAACAAAGUAUUAUAAUUAUCAUGCUUAUUAACACUUUGCAUGGCAAUGUCUGCUUGCAGGGAAUGUUCUUUAAACCCUCCACAGAAAACUAAGAAAUUUGUUCGGCGCCCUAAAGAAGAUAUCAUCCGAAAAAAGACCCCUGAGUCACUGAAAAAAAUUCAGCGAGAUCAAAUAUAUGACAUUCUUCACCCAAGCAAGUGAAUCACCUUCUGUUUCAAAAGCAUAGUGUUUUAUUGUUGACACUCACCAGUCAGUAUUAUUGUUACACCAUUUUACUUAAUUUCUACUUUGUCAUACAUAUAUAUUGCUUUGCUGUGCAUGUUAUCCCAAGUUUGGUGCUUUUUUUGCCAAAUUUAUGAGUGCAAUUCAUGACUUCCCUUGUACAUAUUGUUUGCCUAACUGAUGCACUUGCUCAUGUUUUCUUUGGCUGCAUCAUUCACUUCUGCAUGUUAAAAAGUACAUGAUUUUCCCCUUGUUGGUGCUGGGAGAUAAAACUUUGUUAUUGGUGUUGUAGGUGGACCAUUUCUUGUAAAAUAUUCUUUUUGCUCUUUCAGUAACAUUGACAGAAUACGGCAUAGGCGGUGUCGGGCCUUAAAUGAAGGGGAAGAUAAUGUUAAUCCAUUAAUGAAUCCGCCAGAACGUAGCUUUAUAGUUCCUUUAAAUGAGCUGCCUCCUCGAAAACCACACUUCAAAGUCUGAUAUUUCAUGAACAUAAUAAUGUUCAAGUAUCAUCUGCUUGCACAAGUAAUGAAUCAUGCACUCAUAGCUCCCUAAUAUGGUGUUUUUUCUCAUAUGUAUACUUAGAAAUGGUAAUAACUUCACUUCAAGUCAUCUGUCAUUAAGCAUAGAUAAUAGGCUUGGGUAACAAGUUAAAAUCAUAACAUUUGCGUGUCAGUGCACAGAAAAAUAUCUGGAAUUUUUAAACUCAGGCUAACGUACUACAAAACUGGGCGUGAGCGUGAGCAGCGUCAAUACGAUCACAGUCGAAAUGGUCCCGUGGUGGACAAGAGCAACUAUGCGUUAAGGCGGGAGUUCAACUUUCUUGGAAAUAGCCUGAGUAUGCUGAAGGCCGAUAUAGUGCCAGCUCAUAAGCCUAUCCCUGUGUGCCGUAGGUACUGAUCAAGGAUCAGUGAUUCCAACUGCACCAAGUCUCUAGUACUAGAAUGUUUAAUGAAGUGUUUUUAUUUAGUUAUUUACUGUUAAUAUUAGCUUGACUGAUACUAGUCCUGUUUUCUUUGACACAAAGUGGUUUUUAUUACAUUUUGGCGCAUUUUGCAAUUCUAUUGUUAUUUUUUAUUAUAAGACUUUGUUAAGUUUUUCUUGUUUCAUAAACUGAUUUGUUUUAACAAUAAUGUUGAGCAAACCGUAGAUGCAGCCAAAGACCAUGAGGGUUUAUCUGAUUUUUUGUAUGCAGCACAAUGGUAUUACAUUGCAUGAUGUAUUUCUGUAUUACAUUAACAGCAUGUUGGUUUUAUAACACUAAUCUAUUGUGUACCUGUAAAUGCACAUUCUAGUUUUUAUAGAAUUUGUUAGGAAUUUUAGCAUAGCUAAAUGAAAAUAGUUUUUUUUAGGAUUUUUAACACUGCUGAAAAGCCUACUCUUGUGUUUCAUUAUAUUUUUGACAUAAUGGCAUUUGUAUAAUGGUUAGCAAAAAGGGUAUGGUUCAGAUACUUUGUAUGUGUAAUUGUUUCAUGCAAUGAAUAUUUUUAGAUCCAUAUAUUCGUGUGUUUCACCGAACAGUUUUUUUAUAUUCUUAUCAGUAUUACUGUUGAUGUUUUAUUCCUUUGUAUAAAUAAACUCACCUUUAUUUGAAA